AUGCAUAUUGUACCAUAUAAUGCAGAACUUCGACCUGAAAUUCUCCAUCAGUUCAUCCGCGACAAUCCCCUUGGUCUUCUGACUACAUCCAUCCGGUCUCCCUCUCACCCUUUAAUCCAAGCGAGUCACAUUCCCUGGGUGGUCGACAGCGGAAGCGAAAGUGGGACUAGCUUUGGAAUGCUACGUGGUCAUAUUGCCCGCCCAAAUCCGCAAGCAAAAGCGAUGAUGGAAGCUCAAUCACAAUAUUCAAGCGCUCAAUAUCUUGAGGAGGAAGUUCUGGUCAUUUUUAACGGCCCUGUGAAUCACUACGUGACACCAAAGUACUACAAGGAAACAAAGCCCAAGACAGGGAAAGUUGUACCGACAUGGAAUUACGAAGCCGUUCAAGUUUACGGGCGUGCGAAAAUAUAUAUCGAUACGAAGACGACAGAGUUCACAGAGUUCUUAACCAAACAGCUGUCGGAUUUAUCUUCCCAUGCAGAAACUUCGCAUUUGCAACUCAAUCCAAACAACCAGGACAGUCCUUGGGAAGUCUCCGAUGCCCCGAAGUCCUACAUUAAUCUUCUGCAAAAGAAUCUCGUCGGCAUCGAAAUCGAGAUCGGAUCAAUAGCUGGACGAUUUAAAAUGAGCCAGGAAAAGUGUCUCGGUGAUCGGAAUGGAGUGAUCGAAGGGUUUAAGGAACUGGGCACUACUACUGGAGCCCAGGUGUCGGACCUUGUAAUCUAUAGGGCAGGGCAAUUCGAUGCUAUGAAACAAGCGAAGACAGAAAAAGAUCCUUGA